AAUAAAUAGAGGUGGGCUUGGCUGAGAGAAACGGAUGAGAAUUGGAAGGUUGUCAUCCCUCCUGUGAAACAGCUACAGAACCGAUUCACCUGAAUCCAUGGCCAACAGUGUGUGUAACCAGAAAGUUUGCAUACAUGCGUUUGUAACCCAGCAUGACCUGUUCCUCACAAUGUCUCAGCCUCUUCUUGACCUGAUCAAGUCUGUUGCUGAAGAUCAGAGAGCGUUUGAUACUGACACAAGACUGUCAGUAUCAACCGCACAUGCCUCUUAUCUCUGCACACACGGUAUUGUAAUGGAAGACUCAAAGUGGAAAGCAAAUAACAGCUUUUAAAAGUUUUGACAUCACUGAUUCUUACCUUCUGAGAAUAUUUAGCAUACUUUAUUUCUUUACUUCUUAUUUUUACCAUUGUUGUAACAUUGUGAAGAUAUAGUUGUUUAUAAGACAUGUAAUGUGUUUAUGUUGUCACCAGAUAUCAAAGAAGUGGCCCCUACAGAACAGAAUCCUGAUGUUCACCAACAGGAGCUGGAGCUUCUCCACACAAAGGAGGGAAAUGAAAGAAUCUGCGCCAGCCAGAAAGGAGAGCAACUCAAUUUGAAGGAGGAAACUGAAGUUACCAGGUUUCCAUUGACUGUUGUUCAAGUGAAGAGUGAAGAGGUUGAAGAGAAACCUCUAUUCUCUCACUUUCAUCAACAGCAAACAGAAGUCAGAGAUUUUGCAACCAGAACUUUAGCUGAUCAUUUUGAAGUAAAAAUUAAAGAGGAAUACUCUGGAACAGCAGAGUCCAAGAAGAACCCACAUCUAAGUACUUAUGAAGGCACUUCCAACUAUUCAGAGACUGAAGACAGUGAAGAUUAUGGAGAGGAUGAUGUAAACCAUUAUAAAUGUCGGAUUAAACAUUUGUCAGGCUCUGAAACUGAAGACAGUGAAGAUGAUUUGAAGACGAGCAGGGUUCCUGAGUCAGGGGGAAACACUGUCAAAUUUUUCAGCUGCUCUAAGUGUGGGGAAAAACGUGCCAGCAGAUCCUCUCUACAGAAUCACAUGGCAUGUCAUUUAAGAUGUAUGACUUCAGUUUGUUCUGUUAAUGAGAAAUGUUUCAAAGAGAAGGGAGAUGUGGAUUCAUUGAAAAAAGCCCUUGCAGAUAGUAAAAAGUUUAAAUGUAAGAAAAAUCUAAACACAAAUGUGACAGUCCAUACUGAAGAGAGACCUUUUGGUUGUUAUGAAUGUGGGAAAAGAUUCUCCACCAAGUCACAUUUAAAAACACACAUAAGAGUCCACACAGGACAGAAGCCUUUUGGUUGUGAUGCAUGUGGGAAAAGAUUUUCCAUGAAGUCGCACUUAAAAACACACACGAGAAUCCAUACAGGAGAGAAACCUUUGGGUUGUGAUACUUGUGGUAAAAGGUUUUCCUCAAAGUCAGGCUUAAACAAACACACGAGAAUCCACACAGGAGACAAACCCUUUGGCUGUAAUGCUUGUGGAAAAGAUUUUCUGACAGUCAAAUUUAAGAGCACAUAUGACCACCCACACUGGAGAGAAACCUUUUCGUUGUGA